AUGAAGCUGUGAACAAUCUUGAACAGACGACAGAACAAUACGCAUUUUCUGCGUAUUCAAUAUUGUGUUGUUAAAUUUUUAGCAUCUCUUUUAUGCUAGUUUUAAACAAUGAUCAAGUAAAAAAGUUAAAUAGUAGUAGCAAAAUAAUAUCGUUCAUAAUAUCAGUAGUUACCAUUUUUUAUCGUUUUCAUGCCUUAGCAAAUUAUGGCUUUGACAGAGAUAGCUAAAACAGUUCUCAAAGGCUUAUGUGAUAGUUUGAAAGGAACUAUCACAAUAUUUUAUCUAGACAAACAUAUUAAAGAUAGUAGAACGCAGCACAACUCUCCUUCCAGAAAUCUCAAUCUUGCUCACCUUAGAAUUAGCAGUAGACAGUCGCUUGUCACGUCAAAAGUCGAGGAACCGAAAAUACUAUGGAGGACAUUUCAAUGUUGCCUUUUGAAUGGAGGAGUGUUCUGGUUGAGUCUGAUUAUGUUCGAGUACUUACUUCUACCAACUCUCCAACACAUGCUUUUGUAUUUAGAAUUCAACAACUCCAGUAAUAUUUGGGAGAUUACAAAACUAUGCUUGAAUUGGACUUUCGGAAUGAUUUGGGUAUUGCCAUUAUUUAUAUUGAGCAAAGUUAUCAACAGUUUGUGGUUCCAGGAUAUUGCAGAUUCAGCCUACAGGUUUAGUAGAGGUAGACCAACACAGACAUUCAGUGUCAGUAAAUUAGUAGCCGACAAUCUAUUUAGUAUAAUGAUACAAACGUUCUUCCUAGUCCAGUGUAUGCUUGUCAGUAAAAUACCACAUUCAUUGAUAUCGCUAGUACUAUUUCACGUUCAUAUGAGUCUGCUGUAUUCCUUGUAUUCAUUUGAAUACAAAUGGUACAACAUGGGAUGGGAACUUCACAAGAGGCUGACCUACAUUGAGAAUAACUGGUCCUACUUUCUUGGCUUCGGACUUCCAUUAUCUGUAUUUACCGCAAUUCCUUCGUCUUACUUGAUAAGUGGAUGCGUGUUCUCAAUGCUGUUUCCUCUUUUCAUCAUCAGCGCCAAUGAGGCUGAACCUGUUACGAAUGUUUUGUAAGUUUAUAAUUUCCGUACUAGUGAAUUUUCCUGUUUCAUUGAUUAUUCAAUCACCAAUCUAGAUUUUU